AUGGUUGAUUUGAAAAUUUCAAUACUUGGACUAUUUGCUCAGUUGAUAUUACUACUCUCAAUUUUUGAUAUUUAUUUCAAAUCUCCAAUUAUCAGUGGUAUACCAGACCAGCAUGUGGAUUAUGAACCACCGGCUGAUCGACUAGUACUAUUUGUGGGAGAUGGAUUACGUGCGGACACAUUUUACAACUAUGCCAAUGGAAAUAGCCAAUAUUUCAAGAAUUUAUUGAAAACCAGUGCAACGUACGGUAUAUGCCAUACUCGAGUGCCAACUGAGUCACGUCCUGGUCAUAUUGCUCUUAUAGCCGGAUUUUAUGAAGAUCCAUCAGCUAUUUUCAAAGGAUGGAAAGACAAUGUUGUUGAAUUUGAUUCAGUAUUUAAUAAAAGUGAUACAACCAUUUCUUGGGGUAGUCCUGAUAUUGUUUCAAUGUUCAAGAAAGGAGCUAUUGCGGGCAACGUACAUACUUAUACCUAUGAUCCUGAACUACAAGAUUUUAGUGGCAAGAAUGGAUCUAGUAUAGUUUUGUCAGAAUGGGUAUUUAAUAAAGUUAAAUGGUUCUUUGAUGAGUCAAAAAGUGAUAAAAUAAUUCAAAGCAAAUUGAUGAAAAAAAAAUUAGUGUUAUUUUUACAUCUUUUGGGUACAGACGUUUCCGGACAUAUCGACAAACCAAAUUCAAAAGAAUAUUUAGAAAAUUUAAUUUAUAUUGAAAAAGUUGUUAAAGAAAUAGAACAGUUACUAGAAUCUUACUAUAACGAUAAUCGUACAGCAUAUAUUUUUACAUCUGACCACGGUAUGACAGAUUGGGGUUCACAUGGAGAUGGUUCAGCUAGCGAGACUGAAGUACCUAUAGUUACCUGGGGUGCUGGAUUAUCAUAUGCCAAAAAUAAUUCAAUUUCUUUGCAAGUGAAUAUUAAUCAGGCUGAUGUUGCACCACUUAUGGCUACUUUAAUCGGUGUACCUAUACCUGUACAUUCAGUAGGUAUUUUGCCUCUAAAUUUAUUUAACACUGAUGCUAAAGCUCGAGCCAAAUAUCUUCUGGCUAAUGCGCUACAAAUAAAUGCUGCUUUUUCAACAGCACGUGUAAACAUUGAACAGCAAUUGUUUAAACUAUUUUAUUCACCUUAUGAACCACUCAGUAUUAAUAUUCAGGAUAAAUACCUUCAAGAUAUUACAAAAUUGAUCGAGCUUUCAAAAACUGAUGAAUGUGUAAAGCUAUGCUAUGAGUGGAUUAAUUUAGGUUUACACGGAAUUAAUUACUACAAUACAUAUUAUAAAUUACCACUUCUUUUUUGUGUAACAUUUGUUAGCCUUGGUUGGAUUACUUUACUUAUACUUGAAACCAAUUCUAUUAAAAAGCGUCGAAAAAUAAAUAGAUUCCAUAAAUUAUUGAUCAAUGGAAUAUUUUUAACAGUUGCUGUAUGUUCUUCAUUUUUAAUUAGUGCUCAAUCUCUUCCAAUGCAAUUUUAUGUGUACACAUUUAUGCCAUUAAUACUCUGGUGUAUGUGUAUUACUAGAAUUUUUCAGAUAUUUAAUUUAUCCCAUAUGAUGCAAAAGAUACUACAAGUUAAAGGAUCAGAAUUGUUUGAAAUAUUAUUUUAUUUAAUUGGCAUUGAACUACUGGUGUGGACAUUUUUUGAACGCCGCAUACUAACUUUAGCCUUAGCUAUACUGUGCUUUUGGAUGACUUUCUAUUCAAUAGAAAAAGGAUUUUUACCUAUUCAAAUAGCCAUAAUAUUUUGUUCUUCUGCAUUAUUUGCUUCUUUCCCUGCAGUAAUUAUUAUUGAUGGUCAUGCAAAUAUAAUUUACGUUGUAUUAGGUGCAGUUAUUUGGCUAUUGGCAGGAUUAAUACACUACAAGAACCAAAGCGGAGUACGUAAAAUUACUACAUUUUUACAAGUAUUAUUGUUAGCUAUAGCAAUUGCAAAUGUUGUGAUUGUAUCAAGUAGUAUAGAAAACAAACAAGGGUUAUCUUUAGUAAACAAAGUAGUUUCUUGGACAAUAUCAAUUUUAUCAAUGUUUUUAAUCAGAAAAACCUCAAAUCUAUUAUCAAAUAAAACAACAGUACUUUUAUCAAUUGGUAUUCCUUAUAUUCAACUAUCAUUAAACUUGGAAGUAUUAUUCAUACUUGUUCUCGUAAUAACAUUAGCAUGUUGGCGAAAAAUUGUGAUAAAAUCUACAGACUCUAGUCAAGCCCUUUGGACCCAAUGGAGACAUGCAUUCUGUUUUUUGUUAUUUAGUUUUGGAUCUUUUUUUGGCACUGGAAAUAUUGCAUCUAUUAAUUCAUUUGAUCCUUCAAUUGGAAGGUGUUUCGUCUCAGUAUUCUCUCCAUUUAUUAUUAUGGGGUUGGUCCUAUUCAAAAUACUUGCCCCUAUUUUAUUGACAUGUUGUACAUUCUACCUCACAAGUAUUAAAUUAAAGAUACCUCCAAUCAAUGUGUUUGCUUUAAUGUUAGCCAUGUCCAACAUAAUGGGUCUUCAUUUUUUAUUUCUAAUAAAAAAUACUGGCAGUUGGCUGGACAUUGGGAUGUCAAUUUCUCACUAUGUUAUUGUUCAAUCACUUGCAUUAUUUUUAUCGCUUAUGUACGGACUGGCAGGAUUAUUGAUCGGUGCUGAAGAAAAUGACUCUGAACAUAGUUCUAAACAAUUAUUGCCAACUACUAACAAAAAAUCAACGUGAAGAAUGAAAUUGGGAAUAUAUUAUAUUACUAAAAUAUUAUUUAUAAAAAAAAAACCAAUUUGAUUACUUAUAUGUAAAUUAUAUAGUAAUCACUAUUAUUGUAUGAUCUCAUUUCAUUAUUAUGAUUGAUAUUCAUCAUAAACUUGAAUAUAAAGGAUACACAACAAGUAAUUUUAUCAAUAAUUGUAUCAGUAAUAAUCAAUCAAAAUGUAGUCAUGAUUAGA